UUCAAGAUGGCGGCUCUUGCUGGCAUUCGAGUUGUUGAACUGGCUGGACUUGCUCCUGCUCCGUUUUGCGGGAUGAUUCUAGCUGAUUUUGGUGCGUUAGUAACGCGAAUAGACAAAGUAAGAACUAUGUCCACUACUGAUACACUUGCUCGGGGAAAGAGAUCCAUAUCUGUAGACUUGCAGACUCCUAAAGGUAUCGCCAUCGUACGAAAGAUGUGCUUGAAAUCCGAUGUUUUGAUCGAGCCUUUUAGACCUGGAGUUAUGGAGCGAUUGGGCUUAGGACCAGAGAUAUUGUUGAAAGAUAAUCCAAGAUUAAUUUACGCUCGAUUGACAGGUUAUGGCCAGACAGGAUGUCAUGCUAAGAGAGCAGGUCAUGACAUAAACUAUGUUUCCCAAACUGGGCUUUUAUCAAAGCUUGGACGCAAGGCUGAGAAACCCACUGCACCCAUCAACCUUCUAGCAGAUUUUGCUGGUGGAGGACUGUCUUGUGCUUUGGGAAUUUUGAUAGCUUUGUUUGAGAGAUCCAGGUCUGGAGCAGGCCAAGUUAUUGAUGCCUCUAUGGUUGAUGGUGCAGCCUAUCUAGGGUCUUUUAUUUACAAGAGUCUUGAUAUGGGAUUCAUCUGGCAACAUCCUGAGCGAGGCAGGAACUUGUUGGAUUCUGGGGCACCUUUUUACGAUACAUAUCCAACAUCUGAUGGAAGAUACAUGGCUGUUGGAGCCAUUGAGUCCAAGUUUUAUCGAAAUCUUAUUGAGGGCCUUCAGUUGGAAGAAAAACUACCAUCUCAGUUUGAUAUAGAACAGUGGCCAAAGGCUAAAGAGGAAAUUACCAAGGUGUUCCUAACAAAGACUCAGUCUGAGUGGUGGCAAAUAUUCAAGAAUCUUGACGCUUGUGUAACACCAGUUCUUACGAUGGAUGAGGCACCUUGUGAACCACACAAUGAAGAAAGAAAGACAUUUAUUUGGAAUGAUGGAGCAUAUGAACCUACUCCUGCUCCAAAACUGUCCAGGACACCAGGCUGCUGUAAAGGAAAGCCUCAGCCAAAGAUUGGAGAACAUUCUGUAGAAGUUUUACAAGAGAUUGGCUAUACAGACACAGAAGUUCAACAGCUGAUCAGUGAGGGUGUUGUUGAUUAUCCAGACAUGAAAUCUUCUCUUUGAUAUGGUGUAGGAUGCCUUUUUUGAUCAGUUUAUGAUGAAUUCUAGGUUGGGUUCUGAGAACACAAGCUUAUGGAGGCAUAGAGUUUUUCACUUUUCUACACAUUGGACAGAAUUAAAAAAAAAAUGAAAAAACAAAUGUUAUGGACCCCUCUCCACUCACCCCAUUCCCACAGAGCAAGGAUGAAGAUGCACAGACCAAACAAAAGACAUUUAAAUGAGUUGUAUCUGGUUUGGGGGUUGAAAGGAAAUGGUGAAAAUUUAUCAUCAUCUCCAGAGUUUAAGAGUUUCAUUUGAUAGAGCAGACUAGAUGCUUUCUACAUCACUCGAGGAUGCCAUCUUGUCCUGGAAUUGUUUACAAAAGUUUUUCCCCAUGCUCACCCCAACAAUAUUGCAACAAAGUGGCCUCUGCUAGCGUGACUUCCCUCCCAGUCUCAUACCCAGGUCCUUCUCAGCCAAGUGGUUGUACAUGUAAGUUACAGUUAGGAUCUGGGUACAAGAUUAUUCUUUUCCCCCUCCUACCCCACCCCUGCCAACCUGCAAAGAAGUCCAAGCAUCAGAGUGAAUUUGUCUUUGUUUGUUAUAUCUGCUUGGUAAUUUGAAGCCAUCAGUGACAACAAAUAUUUACCGAAUAUUUCUUACCUUAAGCAACAAUAUAGCCCUUUUCCAGGUGUUCAAUUAGUAAGAACAGCACUAUAGUAGCGAAGGAGUGAAAAUACCUGUGAGUGUUUUGAUUAACUUCGUACCCAGUUUCCUCUAACUGUACUAUCGACCACUUGGUCGAGGAAGGUCUGGGUAAAAGAUUAGAUUAUGACCCGACCCAUACCUCCCUCGUUUUCGUUUUGCACCGACGAUCCAGUAUCAUUUCCAUUCGCUUCUUUUUACCACCUGGACGCCUGGAACAUGCUAGUAAUUACACAGUACGGUCGACUGUAACUCCCUUGUACAAAGCAUUCAUUGUAUCAAGAACAAUGUUGACAAUUUUGCGCUCCUUUUUGCCGGUGUGUGAUAUUUUGUGCACACGUCUUAUACCUGUCUCUAUUUUUCAGCCACGUGGAACAGGUAAAUAAACUCUCACGCCAAGUGUUGCCCCUCAAGCUCU